UACAGUAGAAAGUAGUAGAUAGACACACCAAAUAGCUCGAUAUAAGGAUUACAACCGAGUACUAUCGAGUACUCUAUGGCUAAAUAUGGCGGCUGUAUAGGUUGCACCACAGUUGCACAAUCAUCGUGCUAGAUGAACAUCUCCCUAGCAGUCAGUUCUAAAAGGCCGGUCGGCGCCAGCACAUCCGCGGUCUGUACCUGUCUAUGGCAUGCACCGCUCUCCUCGCUUGUAGCACCGACCUUUAGUGCAACCGCCUGCAUCGCAACGUCACGCUACACUGGCAUGCGCCCUGAAUUGACGAUCAGCCCACCAGAAUCUGGAGAUGGGGAAAAGUCAUGGGCCAGUUGGGUACAUUCCAGAUGGGCCACUGUUCAACAGGGCUGGACAGCUAGCUAGCUAUCCAUCCAUCUUUAGGUACAACACUGCUCCUACAUCCACCGCAGCUACUCUGUGCAUGUAGCUGAGAUAUUAACACUAGUCUCAUUGGAGCGGAAUAGUCCAAAGCAGUAGUCCGU